CGACGAGGAAGAUGUGAAAACCAAAACACUGGAAGGCCGUCAGAGCCACCGGUCUCAAAUAUUAAACAUGCAUUGUUUGGAUUGCAGCUUUAUUUUUUUACAAUUUACGUCCGACAUAAAUGUGGUUAAGAAGCAUGUAAACUUCUGCCAUGUCUCACCCUGAAAGUCUCAACACAAGCCUUUGGGGCUUACCUGAGCUUUUGGUCCAGAGGAGGCUGCUUGGUUUUGGGGCACUCUUGGCUUGGGUGGUCCUCUUUCACCUUCUGGUCAAUGUUUGGCUUCUCUGUUUGUUCACCAGUCUCUUAGUGGUCUUAGGUGGUUGGCUUGGCUCUCAGGCUGUCCUUGACUCUGACAGUGUUGUUCAUCUAGAGCGGUUUGUGAAGCUGGAGGAGAUCCCAUUUAGUGCUGAGAGUGAGCAGUUACUGGAGGAGGAAAUCCAGAAGACAGUUGGCAAGAUCAUUCGUGAUUUUGUCUCAUCAUGGUACAGCACCGUGUCUAGAGAGCAAGAGUUUGAGGAUGAAGUGCAAAAUGCCAUGAUCUCCAUGGCCAUGGAGCUCAAGGGUCGAGCAGCAAAAGUAGAUCGUAAAGCUUUAACACGGAGGAUAUUCGAUCUUUCUGGUUGCCAUCUCCAGUGCUACUUGAGUGCCAAGGGAAGCCUCGAAGGGGGAGAGGGUGGGAAAGAUGGAGACGAUGCUACCAAAUUCUGGGAGGCGUACAGCAAGUUCUGCUUACCCCACCCUGCUCUUCAGAGCUCUGCCGUUGAGGUGAAUUAUGUGAGGGCAAUGGUGGAUCUUCUUCUACACGUUCUUGUACCAUCUCCACAUUUAGAAACGAGAACAGGACGGUUUGUAGUGGGUGAGCUCAUAACGUGCAAUGUUUUUCUGCCUUUAAUAGCAAAACUGUCCGACCCAGAUUGGUUAAACAUGUUGAUCGUUAGUGUUUUUACAAAAUCCAGUCAAUCAACACCAGAGCCAAAUCCAGUAGAUAUUCAGCCUCCACCACAGGUCAAAUGUAAUCAAGAAAACACACAACAGGAACUUGAGGUUCCUUGCGUAUUGCCCUUAAAAGUCGCCCCUGACACCCCCACAGCUAUGGAGACCCCCACACCAGAACUGUCAGCAUAUGAUGUCAUGGACUCCACUGAACUUUUUUCACCGCACAAUCUGGAGGAAGAUGAACCGCAGCCGACGAAACCGUUUCCGUCUGGAUUUGGCCCGAGAGAUUAUCUGAGACUCGGCAAGCCCAAUCCAUUUUAUCAAGAAACGGACUCUGACCUCGAGUCUCCAUUGACAGACUUUAAGAGGAGCUCUCUGGAAUCACUGGUUUUGAUCAGCACAGAGGAGGCUCUUUCUGAGAGACUCACUGAAUGCACCACUCCAGUAGACACUGUCCUAGACCUUGAGGAUGAAUUGCACACCUACACCAAUUCAACAGAUAAGGAGUGCCCCAAAGUUAGCGUCUCGGACCAAAAGGAGUUUUCUUUACAUUCCACCCUCGUACCAGAGGAAGAGUCGUCAAGCUUUUGCAAUCUCCACCCACCAGAGAAGAGUGCCGAGAAAGGGUUGACGUGUGCGUAUCAGCCUGGUUUGCCAAUCCCAGGUGAGCUAAAUCUGACUGCACCCCUGCAGGCCUCCUCGCCAGCUUCUGGAAACUGUCUGGCACCUUUCAACUUUGAGCCUCUCAGCAGUCCAGAAGGUCCGGUCAUUAUUCAGAACCUUCGCAUCACCGGUACCAUCACGGCCAAGGAGCACAGAGGCACUGGCUCGCAUCCAUACACUCUCUACACUGUAAAGUACGAGACAGCCGUAGACUCUGAGAAUCCUGAAUCUUUGCAGCCUAUGGCCUAUCACACUGUCAACCGCCGAUACAGCGAAUUCCUCAACCUUCAGACCCGUUUGGAAGAGAAACCAGAAUUACGCAAAAUUCUUAAAAAUGUAAAAGGACCGAAGAGGAUCUUUCCUGAACUUCCUUUUGGAAACAUGGAUAGUGACAAAGUGGAAGCCAGGAAAGGAUUGUUAGAAACAUUCCUCAGACAACUUUGCUCAAUUCCUGAAACGGCCAACAGUGAGGAAAUGCAGGAAUUUCUCGCUUUGAACACCGAUGCAAGGAUUGCUUUUGUGAAGAAACCAUUCAUCGUUUCACGCAUUGACAAGAUUGUAGUGAACGCUAUAGUGGACACACUGAAGACGGCUUUCCCUCGCUCAGAACCACAGAGUCCUACUGAAGACACAGACAUAGAGCCUGAUGGGAAACUCACCACUGACAAAAAAUCAAAGUCAAGAAUGAGGUUCUCCAGUAAAGUCCAACCUUCUCUCAACGUGUCUGACAUGAGACCCAAAGUGCUUUACUGCUUUGAUGAAAGCAGUACUGUUUUUAAUGGCUUCUUGUUGAACGGACUGGAGAGCUUCAUCUCAGAGAAGGAGACUUUGGAGGGUAAAGCUCCUGGCUUUGAUGCUGAUGGAGAGAGAGGUGGAGUUCAGGGCGCCAAAUGGGACAUGAAACACUGUUCAUGUGCAAGAGCGAACCUAGAAAGUGGGCCUGUCAUCAGUGAUAUUGCUAGAGAGACGUCUCUGUCUGACCUGGCUCUGAAUAUCCUGUGUCUACUCAUGAAGGAUCAGUGGAGCUGUCUGUGCACGGAGAACAUUCAGAGGACUAUCAGACUGCUGUUUGGAACCCUCAUAGAAAGGUGGCUGGACAUGGGUGUUGACAAUUUGACCUGCACACAGUAUUGGGUGACUUAUCUGCGGGUGCUUCAGGAGGCCAUCUGGCCUGGAGGUAAUCUGCCGGCUCUACCUCGGCCCCAUCGCAGCCAGGAGCAAAAAGAAGAAAGCAGAAAACAGGCCCAGCACUGCCUUAUGAAACUACUGCCAGAUCUGGUCUCCGAUAUGCUUGGUUCUGAGAAGUACAAGAUCUCUUGGCAGAUGGUUGUGGAUUCCUUUCAGGACCCCACUAUAAACAGGCACCUUGUUUACUGCAUCUGGGAUCUGCUUAUCGAAUUUCUCGUCCCAGAGGCAUCCGACAGGAGCUUUCAGAAAACGCUCCUGCACAGCCUGUCUAAAAACGCUGAGAAGUUGCCGCCGUAGUUCCAUGGAGCAGACCAGACGCAAAACCACGCUGACAAAUCCAACAUGUCACUCAUAAACAUGUUAAAGAGCAGCAGUUAGCGGUAAGCUGAAGUACACGCUGGAAGAUGUGAGCAGAGAUUGUCUUGCGUUAAGAGAGUGGAUUUGGAUCCGCGUUUGCGGUGUCUGGCACCAAUUUAGUCUCUCUAUUUCUGGGACUCAAACACACCAUGUAUAUCCGGGCUAGCUUUGAUUAAUGGCCACCUGUUUUGUGUUUCAUCAAAAACACAAGUCCCAUCUCUAAAGCUCCCCGUACCGGAUCUGAAUUAGUUGCGAGAUUUUUAUCCACAUUGUUUCCACUUCAGAUUUGGGGAAACUUCUUACAGAUGGACUUUACAUUUAAUAAUCAGUCUGAAUUCAGAACAUGGCCAGUUCCCUGCAUUCUUACUUUGGUUUUACAGGCCUUUUAAUCUUGAUGUAGCUGUUUACACAUAUUCCCUCGCUCUACACGUACACACACUUGGUAAUCAUGCCUCCAUCAGAGAUGUUUUCCUGUCUUCUUACGGGAGAAGCGCAUUUAAUUCCCAUGAGAUUCUUCUGAAGUUGUUCACACAUGUCACAUCUGCUUUUGGUGUCACAGUAAUGCUCUACGUGCUUUGUGGUCUUUCAGCCAAGUUAAUAAGACUUGAAAACGUAACGUCUCUCUUCACAACAUGUGAUUAAGUGGUUUGAAACUGCCCCGAUGUUAAAAGGUCAAGUUUAUGCGUCAAAAACAGGGCCAGGUUUCAAAACAUUUGUUGUCCUGAAAUUCUGCAAAGGCUGACUGUUGUGGGCCUUGUAUUCCUUCUCAUUCCAGGUGAAGUGAUGUCUAAUGUAAAUAAGUUAAAUCCGAUGUGUUGAAGGAAGUUUAUUUGCUUUAGAUAAGUUGUGUAGGGGGCAAAAGGGACAGUUCACCCAAAGAAAGGAAUAUUUUGUCAUCAUUCAUUCACCUACAAACCUGUAUGACAUUCUUUGUUCUGUUGUACACAAAAGAAGAUCUUUUCGUGAAACCAAGAAAUUCUGGGGCACCAUUAACCACCAAAGUAUAAUUUUGUGCUACAGUGGUAGCCAAUAGUGUCCCAGAACUGUUUGGUAGCAAACAUUCUUUCAAAUAUGUAUGCAGAUGUGUACAGAUUUGGAACAAUUUGAGGUUGUGUAAAUAAUGACAGCAUUUUCAUUUUUGGGUGAACUUUACUUUUAAUUAAUACAUUUUAACCAAUGAAAGCGGACCACAUUUACUCAUAAGCACGCCCCUGUAGUUAGUUCUUUACAUUAAGCAUUUCCAAAUCUUCCUAUAAAGGUUCAUGCACAAACUCUUGUAUAGACAUGUGUCACACGCAUCUUAACUAGCAGUUAUAUCUUCAUGCUCUUUAAAAAUUAAAUGUCGCUUCAGUCUUCAUGCAAGUAUUCUUAUUUUAUGGUUUACACAUUUUCUUUAGGCUGCUGCCUCUAAAGAUUCUAGCAAAAUCAGAUAAUGUCUCAAUUGCCUUAAUGUGUGUAAAUAAAUACUUCAAUUUAUAUAAACACUUGUUAUAGAUGCACAUGUGGCACAACAGUAAAAGAGGCUAGUUCAUCCUCAAGAUGAAGUAGAAUUAAUUUCCAAUGUUUCCAAAAGUGUUAUUAUCACAAUAUUUUGUUACUUUGGCACAAUGCUUUAUUAACAUAGUUGCUUUCUGUAGUCAUUAUUUUGCUUGCAAAAGCAGUCCAGUAGUUUUGUGAUGUGAUCAUGUUAACUAGGCGCAUGCAGAUUUUCCUGCACUGUGAGUCCUACUGCUGUUGUUUAGCAUCAUGCAUUACAUUGACAGCUUCACAACACCGUGCUUAAUACGCUGAAUGUUGCACUAUUUCUGUAAGUGAUCUGGUGAGUGUAUAUCAUAGGCCUUAUGUUGUCCUGAUGUGUGAUGAAACAUGAGGUGCAGCAGUGGAUAUCGUCAUUAAUAAUUCAGUGGAAAUGCAUUUUACAGGGAUGUUGUCAUUUGUUUUCUAGCAUGUGCCUGUGUUUUUACUUUCUGUUGCAAGGUAUGAUAUUAAUUGUUGUAACUUAUUCUAAUUUAAUUGUGAAUCAAUUGUCAGCGAUAAUAUAGUUGUGAUCUGAAACAAGGAAAAACAGUUUGUACCAAAAAACAUCAAGUACUAAGAUAUAUAUUAAAUGGAGUAAACUGAUCUACAAAAAUAUGAAUGGACACUGUUUUUUUAUUCCUUAGGUCACACUGAGACCCACAGAUUACGUGUAGUUAAAGAAAGGAAGAAUGUGUAAAUAAUGUGUUGUUAUUCCUCAUCAUAACAAUAAAAUUCAACCCACUGUA